CCACACUGCUGGCGCUGCCCGCCUCCCCCCUCCAGUCCACUCUCCACUCCCACACUCCGUUACCAAGCUGCCCGCCACGCCCCCUCCCCUACUCCUCCGCCGCCGCCUCACAGCCGCAGCAGCUAGGGUUAGGGUUCGUUCCGCCGCGGCUGCCGUCUUCCCCAGGGCAGGCUACUCCCGCCGGGCCCCUCCCCUCCCAUUGCAUUCCCCAGUUCCCCUGCAACCCCCCCAUUACCCUUUCUCCCACCCAUUCCUUCCUUCCGCCCCUCUCCAGGCCGCCCGGACUGGUCGCGUUGCAAGGUUUGUUUGAAGGAAUCUGGACGGGUUUAUGUCGAUACUAGGUGCUGCUGCUGCUGCUGCAGAGAUCAGGUGAAAGGGACAAGUGUUGUGGCUGCGCAAUUAGUACCCAGAGUGUGCACAGCCAUACCACCUCGCUGAUAGCUACUACCCGCCUGUGCGCACGCUGCCUCCAAUCUCCUCCAAGAAAUGCGUCCUCGUCCUUGAAUCCUACUAACCAUCAAACUCCCAGCUCCCCUCCCAGACCAGUCCGUGGAGGAAAGUGAGCGAUGGGGCUUCGCGCGGGUUUCCUCCUCCUGCCGCCGCCGCCGCUCCUCCUCCUCCUCCUCCUCCUCCUGCUGCUCAUUUCCCCUGCGCGUGGGCAGCUGCCCUCGCAGGACAUCCUGGCGCUGCUGGCCUUCAAGAAGGGCAUCACGCACGACCCGGCGGGCUACGUCACCGACUCCUGGAACGAGGAGUCCAUCGACUUCAACGGGUGCCCGGCGUCCUGGAACGGCGUCGUGUGCAACGGCGCCAGCGUGGCCGGGGUCGUGCUGGACGGCCACGGCAUCUCGGGCGUCGCCGACCUCUCCGUGUUCGCCAACCUCACCAUGCUCGUCAAGCUCUCUCUGGCCGGCAACAACCUCUCGGGCGGCCUCCCCGGCAACGUGGCCAGCCUCAAGAGCCUCAAGUUCAUGGACGUCUCCCGCAACCGCUUCUCGGGGCCGGUGCCGGACGGCAUCGGCAACCUCCGGAGCCUGCAGAACCUGUCGCUCGCCGGGAACAACUUCUCGGGCCCGCUGCCGGAGUCCGUCGGCGGGCUCAUGUCGCUCCAGUCGCUCGACGUGAGCGGCAAUUCUCUGUCUGGCCCGCUGCCUGCAGGGCUGAAGGGGAUGAAGAGCUUGGUCGCGCUGAACGCGUCCUACAAUGCCUUCACGAAGGGCAUCCCUUCUGGGCUUGGGCUCCUCGUGAACCUGCAGUCCUUGGAUCUGAGCUGGAACCAGUUGGAUGGUGGUGUUGAUUGGAAGUUCUUGAUCGAGUCCGCUGUCGCUCAUGUUGACUUCAGCGGGAACCUGCUCACCAGUACCACGCCCAAAGAGCUCAAGUUUCUGGCCGACAUUUCAGAGACGGUUCUGUAUCUCAACCUGAGCAACAAUAAGCUGACUGGGUCAUUGAUAGACGGUGUCGAGCUCUCUACUUUCGGGAGGCUCAAGGUGCUUGAUCUCAGCAAUAAUCAGCUAUCUGGUGACCUCCCAGGGUUCAAUUAUGUUUACGAUCUUGAAGUUUUGCGACUCGCAAACAAUGCAUUCACUGGAUUUGUGCCUAGUGGGCUUCUCAAGGGUGAUUCUCUGGUCCUAAGCGAGCUGGACCUAAGCGCUAAUAACCUGACAGGGCAUAUCAAUAUGAUCACAUCAACUACUUUGCAAGUCCUUAACCUGUCCUCGAAUGCCCUUUUUGGGGAUCUUCCAUUGCUUGCUGGGAGCUGCACUGUGUUAGAUCUUUCAAACAACAAGUUCAGAGGAAAUCUAUCAGUUAUUGCCAAAUGGGCCAGCGAUUUGGAAUAUGUUGACCUUAGUCAGAACAACCUAACCGGUCCAGUUCCUGAUGCGAGCUCACAGUUCCUUCGCCUAAACUACCUAAACCUUUCCCGCAACUCUCUAUCCGAGACCAUCCCUGAAGCUAUUGCUCAGUACCCCAAACUUACCGUGCUUGAUCUGAGCUCCAAUCAGUUACGUGGUCCUAUGCCUGCUAAUUUGCUAACUUCGUCCAUGCUGCAAGAACUCUACAUCCGAGAUAACAUGCUUUUUGGUGGCCUAUCCUUUCCUGGUUCCUCAUCCAAAAAUUUGAGUCUCCAGGUGCUUGAUAUCUCUGGGAAUCGCUUCAAUGGAAGCCUCCCUGAUGAUAUUGCCUCCUUAUCUGGCCUCCGAGUUCUCGACAUCUCAACAAACAAUUUCUCUGGCCCACUACCUGCUGCUGUGAGUAAGCUUGGAGCUCUCACUGAUAUUGAUAUAUCAACGAAUCAGUUCACGGGGCCAUUGCCUGAGGAUCUUCCGGAUAACCUCCAAUCCUUCAAUGCAUCCUAUAACGACCUUUCCGGUGUCGUGCCAGAGAACCUGAGGAAGUUUCCAGAAUCUUCUUUCCAUCCUGGGAACUCAAAGUUAGAAUAUCCUGCUAGCUCGUCUGGAUCUGGCAGUUCCCCAUCUGGGUCAGCAGGUGGAAAAUCACUCAGUACAGGUGCUAAAGCAGCAAUCGUAGCAGCUAGCAUUGUUCUUCUUGUCAUCCUCAUACUUAUUGCCAUUGUAUGCCACUACAAGAGGAUCUCACGGCAGUUUUCUAGCUCUGAAAAGGUUUCAGACAAGAGCCUCCACAGGACCACUAAAGACAGUGCUGUCAUGCAAGGAAAGGACAACAAAGGUGGUUUGGUGUCAGCAGAUGAGCUUGCCACUCCUCGAAAAGGGUCUACAUCUGAAGCACUCAGCCAGGAAGAGAAGUCAGCCGCGGGGGGCUUCUCGCCGUCCAAGGGCAGCCGGUUCUCGUGGUCACCGGACUCUGGAGAGGCAUAUGGGCAGGAAGGGCUGGCGCGGCUGGACGUGAGGUCGCCUGACAGGCUAGCGGGGGAGCUGCAUUUCCUGGACGAGACGAUCACGCUGACGCCAGAGGAGCUUUCGAGGGCGCCGGCUGAAGUCCUAGGCAGGAGCAGCCACGGGACUUCGUACCGGGCGACACUGGAGAAUGGCGUGUUCCUGACCGUGAAGUGGCUGAGGGAAGGCGUCGCGAGGCCCAAGAAGGAGUUCGCGAAGGAGGCCAAGAAGUUCGCAAACAUCCGGCAUCCGAACGUGGUUGGCUUGCGUGGGUACUACUGGGGCCCGACCCCGCAUGAGAAGCUCAUCUUGUCGGAUUACGUCGCUCCGGGGAGUCUUGCAAGCUUCUUAUACGAUCGACCAGGAAGAAGAGGUCCUCCACUGACCUGGGCGCAGCGGCUGAAGAUCGCGGUGGACGUGGCGCGCGGCCUCAACUACCUCCACUUCGACCGCGCGAUGCCCCACGGGAACCUCAAGGCCACCAACGUCCUGCUGGACGGGCUGGACCUGAACGCCCGCGUGGCCGACUACUGCCUGCACCGCCUGAUGACGCAGUCGGGCGUGGCGGAGCAGAUCCUGGACCUAGGCGUGCUGGGCUACCGCGCCCCGGAGCUGGCCGCGUCCAAGAAGCCGGCGCCCUCGUUCAAGGCCGACGUGUACGCCUUCGGCGUCGCGCUGCUGGAGCUCCUGACGGGCCGGUGCGCCGGGGACGUCGUCUCGGGGCCCGAGGGCGCCGCAGGCGUCGACCUCACCGACUGGGUCCGGCUGCGCGUGGCGGAAGGGCGGGGGUCCGACUGCUUCGACGCCGCCAUGGCCUCGGACUCUGAGAGCAACCCGCAGGCUGUGAAGGGCAUGAAGGAGGCCCUGGGCAUUGCGCUGCGGUGCAUCAGGCCGGUCUCCGAGAGGCCGGGGAUCAAAUCUGUGUACGAGGAUCUUUCGUCGAUCUAGCUAGUCGGUAGCGCUAGCCUCGUCGCGUAGGCGUAGCUUUUAGAUUAACACUGCGUGUUAAAAUUGUGUGCGUGUUCGUCUUGAACUCGUAGAACUGCGUAGCGAAUCCAAGUGUUAUUAUGGCCUCACCUUGAUGCCAGCAAUUUGAAAUGAA